CGGUCGGGUCAGUAGCCCGUGCCGGUAUUCGGUCGGCGCUGUGGUAUUCGCGCAACCGGACACACAUACAAUAAUGUUAUCCACGCACACACAACAUAAUCUCGGUUAACCUUGGUGCCAGCCGUACAGCGACUCAGUGUGCGCGUGUACGGACAGCGCGCUGUCCAUGUUGCGUCGGUUGCGGUCGAGAUAACUUUUCCGUCGUCAUUGUCGUGUCUCAUUUUCUAGUUUUUCGCGAUUUCGUUAAGGUUACUUCGUUGAGAAUUCAUAUGUUUUCGGACCGAGAAACGGGCAGUCGCAGUAUUUUUUUGCUGACUGUCUGCCUGUCGGCCGUACGAUCACCGGCCGCCGCACUGGCGGCCGGUGAUCCUUUCGCAGGACUUUUCCUUGCCGGCAACAGGUACGUCUAUGGCCUCAGCAACACCCUGCUGUUGGACGAAUCCUAUCACGAGUACGACAGAGGCAUUCCCAUUGGACACCGGAUUACGGCCCAAGUUCAGGUGGACGUCGUUUGGCACCGUCCGGAACACGGACAGCUUCUAUGUUUAAAAGCCAACGAGCCGCUGCUCCAGACGCAUUCGAAACGUUUAAAAUUUAUUGACCGCGCCAAAUCUAAACUAGUAGACUUCAACAACAGCCCGUUUUGCAUUCAAUGGAAAAACGGGCGGAUUGAGAGCGUGUACGUCACACAAGACACAACAGCCGAAAAAAACUUUAAAAAAGGAAUAGCCAAUCUAUUUCAGUUUCAACUUUUUAGUGCGGACGUUGUAGAAGACUCUACUUUGGGACGAUGCAACGUUACUUACAGUAAAAUAACGGAAAAUACUAUUUUGAAACGUAUCAACAGGUGUAGCGCUGCGUCCAAACGUUUGAUCGAAACACGACAUCCGGAAAAAAUUUUACAAGGUAUUUUGCGUUCAAAACGUCAAGGUCUAGUCAAAUUUAGUAACAAAACGGUGACGGAAAUUACGUUCGAAGAAGAUCACGAAUUUUAUACAGAAUUACUUCACGAAACGGGAGCAUCAGUCGUUUCAAAACAAAUUCUUAAAUUAAAUGGAAAUGAUGCUAAAAUAGAGACUGUAAAAGCUGAUUCUUUGAGUGAUGCUAUCAAAAUUAUAGAAAAACAACUGAAACAGAGAUUUGUCAAAGAACAGUUGACCAUUAAUCACGAGGUGAAGAAUUGUAAAUACCAUUCAAAAUGUCCAAAAUUAAAGGAUGUCGUAAAAAAGUAUCACGACGACUUGAUAGAUACCGAGUUAGGUAUGUCGAAAUCGGCUUUUGCCGCUAUCAAAGUAAUCGAUGCCCUACGAAACAGCAAUACUGACGCUAUUGUUAGAGUAUUAAAAGAUAAAGAAAACGAAGAUAUAGAAUUUCAAUUGUACGAUUUGCUAGGAUCGGCUUUAACCGAAGAUUCGCAUAAAGCGGCGAUGGACACAUUAAAUUUUUCUAAGGAGGAUGACUAUGACAAAGCAGAAAGGUAUUUGUGGAGUGCAUCGGUUAAGUUCAAUCCAAACAUUAAUAUUAUUCAAAGUCUUAGAAAAUUAUCUCAAAAAAAGUUGGCCAAUAAGAAACUAGAAGAUACCGUUUACAAUACAGUCACAGCCAUGAUAAGUCGUUUGACAAAAUAUGAAACAUCUACGUCUAACUUAAAACUUUUUGAUGAGAUCUUACAAGAAACAUUGGCAAAAUUGACCAAGUGCAAUGAUGUUGAUGACGACGAAUGUCGUUUAGUAUAUAUAAGAGCUUUAACUAAUCUUCAACAUCCCAAGUCCAUUGAAGUGUUGUUAGAUAUUGCCCAAAAUGGAAACAGAAAAUCUAGCACAAGCGCCAUAAAAGCUAUUAAGAUUUUUGGGCCUUCAUUUUGGGAUGGCAGAGUACUUAAAGCUUGUGAUAAGAUUUUCUUUCAGUUGAUCAAAGAACGCGACAGCAGCGUCAGAAUGAUAGCACUUAGCAUACUACUUGAAUCUGGACCUGAUUAUGAUCUACUGAAAAACGUCGCUAAAUGGCUGUUGAUUCCUGAUGAAGGGUUCGAGAACAAACAAUACACUGUACAACUACUAAAUGAAAUGGCUAACCAGAAUCAAAGCGCAGCCAUGUUAUUCCGUGAAGUUUUAAUAAAUGAAAAACUCAAUCACUAUGGCGUUCUAGCGCAGAGAGGUCUUUCAUCGUCAUUUUCAAGAAAGUUCUUCAGUUAUAACAACAUAACCGGAUUAGUUAAGUCAUCUCAGCAUAUUUAUACAGGUGUAACUAAACGUGGAUCAGUCGACAUCAUUAUGGAACAUGAAAACAACCAUUAUCAUUUAUGCAACCUGGGAAUGUUUACUACCGGGCUGGGAUAUUUUUCGCAACUCUACGACGAUUCUCCUAAUAAAAAAGAGCCCACGGAGGAAGAUAAUCUACCAGCUACAGCAGGUCUAGAGAUUACCGUUUUCGGAGUUCAUAUCAGACCGUUUAUGAUGUUUACUAGUCAAGGCCAACUAAUGGGACACGUUUGGGCAGGAUCUGCUUCUGAAAGGACUCCCGUAGUACAGGGAAUUUAUCAAAUGAUGGAGCAUCAAGAAUAUCUGUCCCUUAGUUCAGGAUAUAUAGCCGAUCUAAAUCUAAAAGGAACUGUUUCGUUAGAUAUAGCUGGUCAAAUUCAAAUGAGUUUAUGGAACAAGAAUGCACAGUCAUUGAUCGAACAAAAUGGUGGUAUUAGCAUAAACGGUGUUUUCAAAUUAAACAGUGAUGUGGUUUCGACCGAAGUAGAGUUCACUUUGAAGACUGAAGGAUUAAUGCACACGUAUAGUGACGCCGAAUUUGCUAAAAAAGUUGCCUUGUGUAUGCAAAUUGUAUUGGUAGAUACCAACAUGACAUCUAUUACAGCCAAAAAUGAAAUCGUCUAUGGUUAUCCAAGGGAAAUACAUAAAGUUAAAACAAGAGUGCACAAGAUCGCUGGACGGACAUUUGCUCUCAAUAAAUUAGCUAAUGAGUUUUGUAAUGAAAUCCAUGCUCAAUGAGAAUUGUUUAUAUGAGCCAUUUUAGUAAUACAAAUUUGUAGUAUAUUUUUUUUUUACAUGUGACUGAAUUUUUUUAGAUAUAUCUUAAGUUAGACUGUGAAAUAAAAAUUAUCAUAGAUUUAAACA